AUGAGUACCAGAAAAGACGGAGGUGAAGAAGAAGGGUGGCUGAAUCUAAGGCUAGGACAAAAUGAAGGAAGCUCUUGUGUGCGUUCAAGAUCCACCUCCAUGAAGGUGUAUGCAUGCAGCUUCUGCGGGAGAAAGCUCCACAGUCCACAAGCAUUAGGAGGUCAUCAAAAUGCCCACAGAAGGGAGAGAGAUUCAGCUAGAAGAUACCCUGCAUUCCAUGUUAAACAAUCGACGGACGUGGAUUCCCACUUGCUUGCUCGCACACCAGGAACAGAUGAUGAAACAACUGUCGCAAGGUUUGCCGACAAUGGAGCAGGAUAUGGAGUCGCUAGUGUGCAACUUUAUGCUGCGGAGAGAGCGGUGGACUUGAAGUCGUCUGGAAGUUCCUAUUCGUACCCAGAGCCAUCUUCUGAUCAGUUUGAUCCAAAUACGCUCGACUUGAAUCUCAAACUGUGA